UUCAUUUCUUCCCUUUUUCCGAUUUCUACCAAUCCACUACAAUUUUCCACUGCAAUUUGUCCAUUUCUGAUUUCAUUUCCACAAACGCCAUUUUCUCCCAAUUUAAUUGCACAUAGUCUUCGAUCCUAAGAAAAAUUGCAAAAAGAUUACUUUUUCUUUUGAGAGAGACAGAGAGAAAUAGGAAACUGGUGAGAUAAAAACCAACCCAUUCUCGAGGAGGAUUGCCCGUUUUUAGGAACAUCAAAUUUCCCCUGUUUUUCUCUCCCAAUUCUGUCUUUUUCUUUUUGGAGGAGUCUAAACAAUUCAAAAUCUUUUUCUUUCUCUCCUCUUUCCUCCGCUUAUUUAUGAUCACGACUUUUGAUGUGUAUGCAAUCGUGGAGGAGGAAGGAAGAGCCAUUUCUAGAGAGAGAGAUGUUAUUGGUUGAUCAUUGUUAUUGUUAUACUUGCUCAAAGGGUUAGAUGCUUUUUUGGUCCUCUCUCUCUGCUUUUGCUGUUUUUCCCAGGAUGGCAUUUUGCUGCUGAGGAGAAUCCAAAAUACUUCAUAUUGUAUAAGCAAAUCAAGCAUUGUUAAACAUGUCGAGAGUCCGAUGGUCGUUCCUAGGGCUCGAUUUGAGGGCGUUGCUCUUCCUAUGUUUAGUCAUUCCCUCCGGAAUAGUAGGCAUAUACCUCCACGGCCAGAAGAUAACCUAUUUCCUCCGGCCAUUGUGGGAGUCCCCUCCGAAGCCCUUCAUAACGUUAACUCAUUACUACCACGAGAAUGUUUCCAUGGAGACUCUUUGCAGGCUACACGGGUGGGGGGUCCGGGACUUCCCUAGGCGUGUCUAUGACGCUGUCCUCUUCAGCAAUGAGGUCGACAUGCUCAAGAUCCGGUGGAAGGAGAUGUAUCCUUACAUAUCGCAGUUUGUUCUGCUUGAGGCUAACUCCACCUUCACUGCCCUCCCAAAGCCCCUCAACUUUGCCUUAAACCGAGACAAGUUCAAAUUCGUUGAGCCUAGGCUGACCUAUGGAAUGAUUGGUGGGCGGUUCAGGAAAGGCGAGAACCCCUUCGUUGAGGAGGCAUACCAGAGGCUGGCCCUCGACCAGCUGCUGAGAAUCGCAGGGAUAGAAGACGACGACCUCCUUGUCAUGUCGGAUGUUGAUGAGAUCCCUAGCCGGCACACCAUUGAUCUACUGAGAUGGUGUGAUGACAUCCCUCCGGUUCUUCACCUCCAGUUGAAGAACUACCUCUACUCGUUUGAGUUCUUGUAUGAUCUCCGAAGCUGGAGGGCCUCAGUCCAUAGGUACCAAAGGGGGAAGACGAGGUAUGCUCAUUACCGCCAGACGGAUUACCUAUUGGCGGACUCUGGCUGGCAUUGUAGCUUCUGCUUUCGUUACAUAAGUGAUUUCAUCUUCAAGAUGAAGGCGUAUAGCCACACGGAUCGAGUGAGAUUCUCUCACUACCUGAGCCCGAAGAGGAUUCAAGAAGUGAUCUGCAAAGGGGCUGAUUUGUAUGAUAUGAUACCGGAGGAGUACACGUUUAGAGACAUCAUCGGGAAGAUGGGCCCGAUUCCUCACUCUCACUCGGCUGUCCAUCUGCCCUUGUUCCUGCUGGAGAAUGCGGACGAAUACAAGUACCUUCUACCCGGGAAUUGCAUAAGGGAGAGUGGCUGAGGGUGGUGAGCUUCGAUUCUUGCUAUGAUUAGGCAACGGGGCAAGGGAAACUAGUGUAUGUAGGUGAUGUUUAUACGAGAGCUAGAUACAUUCGGUUUUUGGUUCGAUUUGAAAGAUGCGCUCUCUCUGUCUCGCUUGCUCGCUUUGUUUGCUGGCUUUUGAUUGUGUUUUGGUUGGUUUCUGGCUGUGGAACAUUGUGUAUGUUCAUUUGA